AUGGCUUUAGCACUGAACCAUCUUUCAUGGUGGUUGUGGAGUGGGAAGCAACAGGAACCUAAAAUCUCAGACGGAUCUUCAUUGAAUUCCUCCCCUGAUUCGGGUUUGUGGGAAAUGGACAAAGUGAAUUCCUCAUCGGGACGGGCUAAGAAAAAAUGGCACAGUCGAGAGGAGCGAAAAAUUGACAGGGAAUAUGAUAUUGUUCUGGUGCCAUCAGAUGGAGGAUGUCUUUCAGGGUCUGAUUCUGAUGGUUCAGAUUGGUCGGUUGGAUGGUUGGAGUCCCAUGGCCCUGGCUUCACCACUGAUGAUAAUGUUGAUGAUAGUUUUGCAGUUUUGGUUCGUUGCUAUGGUCAUGGUCAAAAGGAUCUGGUAGAUAACUCCAAGGAUGUGUUUAUAGACACAAUUGGGAAAAUCUCAGAUAUAAAUGCUUCCGAGAACAAGAAGUAUAUGGAGCAGUGGGUUUCUUCUCUUCAGAAGAGUUGA